AUGACGGUGUCCGGUGACGUAUUCAGCGAGAUGCCAACGAUUCCGGAGUUCUACAAGGGGAAGACUGUUCUGAUUACCGGCGGUACAGGUUUCGUGGGAAAACUAUUAGUAGAGAAACUGCUUUACUCGUGUCCAGAUGUAAAGCGAAUUUAUCUCGUUAUAAGACACAAAAAAGAAGUUUGUCCAGAGAAGAGAUUAGCAGAAAUUUACAAAAAUUCGUGUUUCGAGCGACUACGGCGGGAACGAAGUGGCCUGUUUCAGAGCAAAGUGAAAGCGGUAUCCGGUAACCUGUUGGAUCCUAACUUAGGUUUAUCGGAGGAAGAUCGUGUGCUGGUCACAACAACAACAGACAUACUGAUACACAGCGCUGCUAGUGUCAGAUUUGACGACUCACUUAAAUAUGCGUUUGAUGUGAACGUAGUGGCAACGUUACAACUGCUAGAAUUAGCAAAGAAAAUGUCCAACUUGAAGUGCUACGUUCACAUAUCGACCUCGUUCUGCAACAUAAAGCUUGGUGCAGCCAUAGAGGAGAAGAUUUACCCGCCGCGGGCUGACUGGAGGACCAUCAGAGAGAUUUGUGAUAAUGGAGACUUUCAUACUAUUAACACUUUAACUCCAAAACUACUGGGCGAGUACCCCAACACGUACGUGUUCACGAAGCACCUGGCGGAGCAGGCGGUCAGCGAGCACAGGGGCGAGCUGCCCAUCAUCAUAGUCAGGCCGUCCGUAGUGACGGGUUGUCUCGAGGAGCCUGCCCCAGGUUGGGUGGACAACUUCAAUGGUCCUAUGGGCAUAUGUGUAGCUGGAGCACAAGGCGUCCUUAGAUCAGUAUACGGAGAUCCAAAAUCUUCUCAAGAUUAUGUACCCGGUGACGUAGCCAUAAAAGGCAUUUUGAUGGCCUCGUGGCUGAGAGGAACCAAACCGUUACAGGCACACGAUGACAUACCGGUGUACCACGCCUGCGCGGGAGCUGAACACCUUAUAUCAAUGGAGUAUAUUAGAGAUGUUGGGCUCGAAGCGGCACCGAUAAUCGCAUUUGAGAACACGUUCAGACCUAUGAACGUAGUUUUUUUCAACUCGUUGCUCUUGUUUCGAUUGUAUGUGCUGAUGUCUCAUGUGUUGCCAGCUGUUGCAGCGGACGUCGUGUUUCGUGUUCUUGGCAAGAAACCCAUGUUGUUAAGACUGCAACGUAGAGUGAUCGGCGCGAAUCUCGCACUAGAAUUCUUUAUGAAGCAGUCGUUGAUUUUCAACAAUGACAAGUUCAUGGAAUUACUCACAAAACUGGAUCCACAAGAUAGAAAGCAAUUCUCCUUCACAUUAGAUGGACUAAAAUCAACUGAGUAUGUGGUGAAUGGGGGGUUGAGAGCAAGAAAAGAUCUACUACAUCAAGACGAGAAAACCUUAAAGAAAUGGAGGACCAUUUACAAAUGGGAGGUGAUAGUCGACCGCGUGAUUACGUUGACGCUGUACGCGUGCGCGCUGUGGUGGAUACUGAGGCGGGCUGUGACCAGCUAUGCCAUGUAGCAGGACCUGCGCUAGCUCUACCUGUUCAUAGUGCAUACCGACUAACCUGCACCGUAUAUUAUAUGCUGUCGAUGAAGUUCAAUUUCAGCUCAACGCCAACAUUGUCA